AUGUGUGCGCCGCUUCCUGGUCCGUGUUGGGCGUUUUUGUCGACCGUCGUUGGCCAUGCCGCGUCUUGUGACGGACGCGUUCCACCACACAGAGUCUUCGACCUCUUGCUGGAGCUUACACGCAGCUAUUAUUUAUUUAUUUAUUGUUCGGAAGGCCCGGCAGACAAGGGUGACAGCAAUGCGCCCGUCCCUACUUGCUACGGUGCCCUUGUUGUUGUUGCUGCUGAUGUGCUGCGCCACGGGCCGCCUCAUCGCUGCCAGGCACUGAUGCAUGUUCAACGAGAUAAUGGCGAGGAGCGACUCAUGCCCAGUCAAGAUGGUGCAGGAGUUACCCCCGAAAGGGCCAGAGUGCCUGGCGAGCGCACACCGCCUCCACAGGAGCGGAGGGGACGGGGGAGUAGGAGCCUGUCCGCAUCGUGGUGUCCAAGCUGGACCUGGAUGACACAGACAAGUACUGCACUCAAGAAGGGGAGCAGCGUCCAACGUUUCUGGGCUACGCUGGCGAGUGCCUGGAGGACGACGUCCUCGCCAGUCGGGAAAAGGCUGGGCUGCUCCAAACUAUCCUCUCAUCUGCCAUCAAGUUGCACUCAGAGUGCCUCCUUGUGCAGCGCGUGA